AUGAAGAAGCAUUUUUCGAUCCUACCCACAUUAAUUUUGUUAUGCCUUGCAAUUGGGCUUGAUAUUGGGUUUAAAUACGAUUUAAAACACAGUGGGACUGGCUUUACAGAAGAAAUCCAAGACGGCGAAAGUUUAGGCCAAGACAUAAUUUCCUUUAUUUUUGUGCAGGUAAGGGUUGUUAUAACCUUGCUUAUUUGGUACAUGACCUAUGAAAUUUCGCCUGCUUUGGGGAUGGAAAUUAUCAUUGUGUGGAUUAUGUCGAGAAUUUUUACGGAUAUUGCGAAACUUUUGUAUGCUGACCCAAGGCCGUAUUGGUAUGAUGACGAUAUUGAAGCGAAAGAGUGCAAUUUUGACUGGGGAAACCCUUCUGGGCAUACUUUAGGAAUUUGUACAGUUUUGAUAUAUGCGGCUUAUAAGCUGAAAAAUCUUGGAAUUUGGAAAUAUCCGGUGGUAGGGGUUUAUAUUUUGUAUGUGGGCUAUAUAAGGGUGUAUUUUGGGGAACAUUUUUAUUCACAGGUGGUUUUAGCAUUGUUUUUUGCGGUGUUUAUUAUUAAUGUAGUGAUUGUUUAUGAAAAAGAAUUAGGAGAUUAUGUAAGCAGUUUGAAUACUUCUAACUCUAUCAUAAUAAAAAAUUAGGUAAUAAAUAAAACUAAGGGUGCACUUGGGCUUUUUAAAUAAAAUAUUCCUAGAUUCUAUAUAAAAUUCUCCCAAAUCUUUUAAUUAAAAAACUAUAGAAAUUCCUAAGUUUGCCAAUAAGGGCAAAACUUAAGAAUUACCUAUAUGGAGUAAAGCCGGUUAUAAUCCUGCAUUUAGCUUGCACAGGAAUUUACACUCUUGGCGCUUUUAUUUUACUAGUAAGAUUCCCUGGAUGGGGCGAAGACUGAACUGACAAUAUUGACGACGAAUGUGACCAAGACAUCGACGAAUGAGACGCCGCUCUCGAAACCUUAGCUGGUCUCGGCGCUAUUUUUUAUGCAUGUGGAGCCUCACUAGGCUACUACUGCCUCAACCAAUACCACCUAGACUUAUGAUAUAACGUAAGAAGCUCCAAAAAAAGUUUAGGUAGGCUUGGCCUCCUCAUUCUUGGCAUAUUAAUCACCCAUUUCUUUUUCUUUAUCUUCAUCUACGGCACUUAUCAAGUCCUUGCUCUUUUUAUUAUCAUUUAUUUUGAAUAUGUCAAUGGCUUUUUAUUUAUGUUUAUCAUCCCUUAUAUCUCAGAAAAGCUGAAACUUAACAAAGAGCCUGAAGAAAGGCCUAUUCUUAAUCAAAAUUAA